UCUUUAGGGAGGCGGAAGGUGGUACGUAAUGAAAAGAAAACAACUAAUUGAGCGCUCCACUUCUCCACUAACCUCCAGCGUGAUCAGCAUAGUGCCUGUUCUCACUGGAGAGGAGCCAGAGAAGAAAGGGAGGAGGUGCGGUUGAGGGAAUGAGAGAAGGACUAGAGAAAAAGGCACGCUGAAAGAACAAAGAGGGAGGGCAUCACUUUCUCGCUGAGUUUCCAUCAUCGCACAGGAAGGAAGUGAGCUUGCCUGAACUGCGUGAGAAACGAAGUGUUCAACUGAAAAAGAGAAUACACAGAGGGCAUAUAGACUUGACCCGUUAGUGCGGGUGAUGACUGAAGAUGGCCACGGAAGGCAAUGGAUAUUACGGAAAGCACGGUGAGCCAAGGAAGUUCGACCCCACCUUUAAAGGCCCCAUUCAUAACAGGGGCUGCACAGACAUCAUUUGCUGUAUUCUGUUCAUCGUGGCCAUUGUGGGAUACUUUGCAGUAGGGAUUCUUGCCUGGUCUCAUGGUGACCCUCGCAAGGUGAUCUACCCGACAGACAGCAGGGGAGAGUUCUGUGGGCAGGCAGGCACGGAGCUGGAGAAGAAGCCCCUCUUGUUCUACUUCAACAUCAUGAAGUGCGCCAGCCCCUUAGUGCUGCUGGAGUUCCAGUGUCCAACCACCCAGAUCUGCGUGGAUGAGUGUCCCAAUAAGUUCUUGACCCUAGUAAAAGCCAAGCAGAGUGGUGAAGACAUGAAGUACUACAAAGCAUUCUGCAAGACAGGGACAGACAUCUCCACAGCGAGCGUCCCUGAAAUCCUGAGGGAUGGCCUGUGCCCAGCCAUGCUCUUCCCCAGCAAGCCGUUCAGUCGACGGUGUUUUCCUGCUCUCCUCUCAAAGAAGGGCAAAGUGUUCAUUGAGGGAAACACCACCACAUUUGAGGAUGAAGACGGAAAAAUGAAAGAUGCUACAGACCUCCAGGAAGGGGCAAAGAAAGCUAACAAAGUUACAGAAGCUCGACAGGUGGCCAUGAAGAUUUUCGAAGACUACACACAGUCCUGGCACUGGAUCCUGCUUGGUUUGCUGAUAGCCAUGAUCGUCAGUCUCAUCUUCAUCGUCCUCCUCCGUUACCUGGCUGGAAUCAUGGUGUGGGUCAUGAUCAUCCUCGUCAUUCUGGUCAUUGGAUACGGGAUCUUCCACUGCUACAUGGAAUACGCCAGACUGAAGGGUGAAGCUGGUGCUGAUGUCACUAUUAAGGACCUGGGUCUGAUCACUGACUUCUCCGUCUACCUGCAGAUCCGUCAGACCUGGCUGGCAUUCAUGAUCAUUCUGUGCAUUGUGGAGGUGAUCAUCAUUCUACUGCUCAUCUUCCUCAGGAAGAGAAUCCUCAUUGCCAUCGCGCUCAUCAAGGAAGCCAGCAGGACCAUCGGCCACGUGAUGUCCUCCCUGUUCUACCCUCUGUUCACCUUUGCUCUCCUGACCCUGGUCAUUGCAUACUGGGCUGUCACUGCGGUCUUCCUCUCCACCUCAAAUGAGCCAGUUUAUAAAGUGUUCAACAAGACAGAGUGCGAGUUUGCCACACAGACAUGUGAUCCUGCGACUUUCAGCAAUUCCAACGUCACAACCGAGUGCCCGGAUGCAGAAUGCCUGUUUGCCUUCUACGGAGGAGAGUCAAGUUACCACAAGUACCUUAUCUUUCUGCAGUUCUACAAUGUGUUCCUCUUCUUCUGGUGUGCCAAUUUUGUCACAGCACUGGGGCAGGUCACUCUAGCAGGGGCCUUUGCCUCCUACUACUGGGCCUUCAAGAAGCCUGAUGACAUUCCCAGCAACCCAAUUCUCUCCUCCCUGGGACGUGCCCUGAGGUACCACACUGGCUCCCUGGCCUUUGGUUCCCUGAUCCUCGCCAUCGUCCAGGUGAUCAGGGUUGUGCUGGAGUACCUGGACCAGAAGCUGAAAGGAGCCCAGAACAAGUUUGCCAAGUUUCUGCUGAGCUGUCUGAAGUGCUGCUUCUGGUGUCUGGAAAAAUUUAUUAAGUUUCUCAACAGAAACGCCUACAUCAUGAUGGCGAUAUAUGGCAAAAACUUCUGCAGAUCUGCCAGGGAUGCCUUCUUCCUUCUGAUGAGGAACAUCCUCAGGGUGGCAGUCCUGGACAAGGUGACAGACUUCCUGUUGUUCCUUGGCAAGCUUCUGAUUGUUGGGAUUGUGGGAAUCUUCUCGUUCUUCUUCUUUUCUGGGAGGAUAAGGGCCAUUGAGGACAAGGCCCCCAGUCUCAACUAUUACUGGGUCCCUAUUCUGACUGUGGCUUUGGGAUCCUACCUCAUCGCCCAUGGCUUCUUCAGUGUGUACGCCAUGUGUGUGGAUACGCUCUUCCUCUGCUUUUGCGAGGACCUGGAGAGAAACGACGGGUCCACAGAGAGGCCCUACUUCAUGAAUCCAGAACUCCACGAGAUUCUCUCUCAGACGAAGGCGGUGGAGUGCAAGGAGGAAACAGAUCUUCAGGAAGCACCGCCGCAACUGCAGGAGCAACAAGAUGAAGAAGUUCGACUGAAACACCAGGAAUUACAAAUGCAGGAGAAAGAGGAAGAGGAAACCCAGGAGACAGCCCUUGACAAAACGUGUGAAUCGCCCAACGAGAUAACUCAGGAAACACCUCUGGACAAAACACUUGAGGCACCCCAGGAGAUAGCUCAGGAGAUACCCCUGGACCAAACACAUGCAUCACCCCAGGAGAUAGCUCAGGAGACAUCAAUAGAGAUAGCUCAGGAGACAGCCCAGGAGAAACCCAAGGAGAUGACAGUGGAGAAACCCCAGGAGACACCUCAGGAGUAGUUCUACUGAAUGGGUUAUCAGAGGGAGAACCCGCUAAUCUGGUUGACAAAAUGAAGUAUUCCACUAAUGCCAGGAAAAGUUAGGGAUGAAGUGAUUUGGACUGGGUCUUAAUUUUCAGUCUCUUGGGAAACAUCUGAUUUGGGUUUUCUCCAUGGGGUUGAGGGACUGUAAAAUAUGGUAGCUAGAGGCACUGAACAUUGUAACUGUACUGGUUUUAGCUGUUGUUGGUUUGAUUCUGAGGAUGCUUAGAAAAGUGGUACUUGUGAUGCAGAACUGACAUUGUGCCUAACCUCUGUUGUCCGUUUUUAUUAUUGUUGUGAUCAUGUUCAAAAAGGCAGCACAGCUACUUCUGUUAAUGCCAAGUUUACAGUUAAAAACGAAUAACACUCAUUACCGUCUGUUUACACUGAAACCAGCAGAAGCCAAAUGGUGAAACACUUUGAUACUUUUGCUGAUUGCUGUCUAUGUAGUUGUUCCUACCAAUGAGUGUGUUUUUAAACGUGCAGUGACACACCUACUUGCCUUGAAAUGUUGGACUGCAGUCUGUGAUUGCUUUGCCAUAGUGCAGCCUUACUGUUCGAAACCACCGGCCAUGUGCCAGAGGUGCUGCCUGUCUGCCUGUCUUUCCGUGUUGCAUGCUGUCAGUAAGGCUUUCUGUGCUCUCUAUUAAACCUUUGUGUAAUUUGUUCCUUCCUGUGCAUUUCUUUCUCAACUGUGAGAGCUGUGGAGCGAACACGUCUUGAGUAAGAGCAUACUAACGCCUCUCUAAUCGCACUGCCACUCACUUUUGCUGUACUUAAUGCCUCUGUCCAUGCUGUUAAGCAAAGGGCCCACAAUCAAAAGAGUGUUCACAGAGUAGUCUGUCUCCAUACAACACAGUCAAUUGGGUUUGAUUGCAAACAGCUUUUAAAGAUUUUUUUAUGAGGGACAGUUGACAUAUGGUGAGUUUUGUUAUCUUGCACUGGAAGUUGUGAAGAUGGUUUACAACAUAAAUGUAGUGUUCCUCUCUAGUUAAUUAUGAAGUUAAUUGAUAAAUGUUUAAUUUUGUGUCUUCACCUCAUUUUUUUGGUCUUUGACCCCCCCACCUCCACCCCCC